AUGGCGAUUGGAGUGGAUUCAUCAAAAUGGAAACCGAGAUCUUUAAAAGGAACUCCCGCAGCUAAAGCCGGAUAUAUUAUUAGUGCAUGUGUUCUCGGCUCUGGUUUCAUGGUAGGCGCAUUUUACCAGUUCUCAGGUUUAACGAAGAAUUUAAGAAAGAAUAUAGAGCCAGUGUAUGAAGAUCCGAUUGAAGUAGUUGAGAGAAAGCAGUUGAUAUCAAUCGGCAUAACGCCUAGGUCUGGUGAUCAAAUCAGAAAACUCAUGGAAGAAGAGAAUAGACCAGACUUACCAGACAAAUAA